GCGCAUGCUCGGUGCUGCGCACGCCGGGCGGGCUGAGAGGAUGACAAGAUGGCGACAGCGAUGUACCUGGAACAUUACCUGGACAGUAUUGAAAAUCUUCCUUGUGAACUUCAGCGGAUCUUCCAUCUGAUGCGGGACUUGGAUCAGAGAACUGAAGAUAAAAAGGUAGAGAUCGACAAAUUGGCAACUGAAUAUAUUUCAAACGUCAAGAGCCUGUCCUCGGAUCAACGAGUGGACCAUCUGAAGAAGAUUCAGCUAGCCUACAAUAAAUGCAGAGAAUAUAGUGAUGACAAAGUGCAGCUAGCAAUGGAGACAUAUGAAAUGGUUGAUAAACACAUCAGGCGUCUGGAUGCUGAACUGGCCAGAUUUGAAGCUGAUCUGAAGGAAAAGUUGGAAUCCAGUGACUAUGAGAACACGGGAGGCACUAAGAAAGGCAGAGGGCAAAAAGACAAAAGAGGGUCCAGAGGCCGUGGUAGACGAGCUGAAGAAGAUGUUCCAAAGAAGAAGAAGCAGAAAUCAGGGGCAGAAUACUCUGACUCCAUUUUGAAAAUGCACCCAUCUGAUGUUUUGGACAUGCCGGUUGAUCCCAAUGAACCCACCUACUGUUUGUGUCACCAGGUUUCGUAUGGAGAAAUGAUUGGUUGCGAUAACCCAGAUUGCCCAAUUGAAUGGUUUCAUUUUGCUUGCGUGGACCUCGCAACAAAACCAAAGGGGAAAUGGUUCUGUCCACGAUGUACCCAAGAAAGGAAAAAGAAAUGAAGCUAGAUCUGCUCACUUGCCUACACGUUCGUGCUUUUUGUUCACACUUUUGCAAUUUUAUAUAAUUUCCCUAAAUUUGUUGCUGGACUAUGAGUGUGUUAGGGGGAUGCUUUGAUUUAUUUCAUUCCUACAGCUGGUUUAAUGAAAACUCAGGUUUUCAACAUUUAAUUUCCAGGUAAAUUAUCCUUAUUUGGACAUUGAAGGCUUCUGCAACUGACUAAGCUAUGAUAUACAUUUGGACCACAGUAAUUUCUAUUUCAUAAGAUUGGCGAUCCAUUCCAGGGUCAACUUUGUGUGAAUGGGAAUGACGUGAAAAUAUAUAGGGAUUCUUGUUGAAAUUAGGGAACUGGGAGUUAUUGCAAAAAUUCUAAACCCUUUUUUUGAAAUCACCACAUUGAAAUGACAGCUAUAAGCAUUGGCUUUAGGAAAUUGUUUAAUCUCUACACACUCGGGAUACCAGUACAUUGAAGCUGGGUGCACAUAGCUCUGUUCUGACAAUGGAGCAAUGCUAUUGCAAGUCUCUGUGUACUGAAGGGAACAUUAACCAAAGCAACCAUUGCUCUCUGUGGACCCAGGAAGGUACCAGCAACGCACCUCAUUUGCAGUUAUGUAGAAUAAACAUGCAUGCAACUAUUAUUGUAGAUUCGGUGUUAAUCUAAUGUUAAACGUUCUUCAGAAAAAAAAAAUAGGUUCGCAAAUCUUGGUAUGACAGGGAAUUGAUCAUUACUGGGAUGUACUGAUUUCUGAAAUGAUAUGAUUGUGAUAGUGGAAAAAAAACUUUAUACUUCAACAAAAGAUGUUUUAAGAAAAUGGGAAUGUCCAUUUAUUGUGCAAUAUUAUGGUUUUUAGAACCAUUUGAUACUUUCAUAAAGGAUUAUCCAGUGAAAGGAUUAUGUGGCAGGGUUUACAGACUCAAAGGUAUCUCAUUGAAGUUAGAAUUUGUAAACCAAAGAGCCCACGUUUCACGAAUGUGAUAUUUUAAACCACUGUUGUCAGUGUGUACACCUUAUACUACUUGUUUUGUGAUAUAUAUAUAUAUAUACAUUUGAAUAUUUUUAAGAAUUCUUAAGCCUAUUCAGUAUUGAAGAAAGAUUUUAAAACCAAAAUAAAAUGUAUACCAGUUUUUCCUCUUGAACAUAAAUAUGAACUCAGUCUUACCAUCAUGAAUAAAGAAUAACACAAAAUGGCUGGCAUAACUAAUAACUGACCAAAAUUCUUGGGUUAAGCAAUAAAGUUCAGAGAUUGUGAAUGUGCAAAAUAAAUGUUUAUAGGUUUUUCAGACUUGCAUGUUAUGCCUCUAGUUCUGUAACAUCUACAAGCUUGCUGCAGGCGAUUGAUAGAAUCUGUUGGUCAAUUGGACAUAGCCUUCCACUUCUAGUUGUGCCUUUCACAUGGAAACUUGUCAAGUGGAGAAGAAUCUAGACAUUAAACUCCUCGAAAAACCUACACAUGUAAAUCCUGUUUGUCUUACAUAAUGCAGCAACUUUUAUCCCACAGAGGACAUUCUACUUAAGUCCGUGGAGCUUUAGUGUGGGUGGAAAAGUGAGCCUGUGGGACUAUAACUUGUAUGCAGGACUAUGUCUAUAAUUUAACCAGCAAAACAUAUGCAGAUCAUUGUAUAUAAACUCUGCACUCCUUUUUGACUGGAAAUAUUCUACCCAUUAACCAAUUGGUUUAAGCAAGCUGAGUGGGGUAAAUCUCAGUUGCUUCAGAUCCCAGCUAGUUCAUCACUAAUUUUGCAUUGUAGUGAUAUAGAUCUUUCCUACAUCAGGCAUUGGAUUAUCAAGGGAGAAUGGAUUGCUUUUGAUCAUCUUCCAGAAGGCAAAUAAUCUUUCCAGACCUGGCUGGGUCUCUGUGCAUUACAUAAGUAUUCAAAGCAGAAAAUGUUUCUCCAGGCCAGAGGAGAAAGAGGAGGAAUGCAGCUGCCUGCAAUUCCUUUUUAACUGCUCACAUACAAUAUUAAGAUUGGAAAUACAUAGCCCUAAUACAGUUAAUGUCGUUCAGAUUAUUUGUAUAAAUUGGUUGGAAAAUAUUUUGUAUUGAUUGGCCCAAAACUCACAAUCCCAGAGCUUGCUGAUUGAACAUACUAAUGGCACCAUUCCUCUAUAUAUAUUUUAUAAUUUACCACACUGCUGUAUAUUGGUUUGAUCAGCUUUCCACAAAAAGACAUUUGAAAUGCUGCGAAGAAGUGAAAACCAAUUUUAUUCCAAUUAAGAAGGCACCUAACCACAUGUGUAAAACUAACAUUGUAUGCCUAAAAUGAUGGUUACUGUGGGAUUCCAUUCAGGGAAUCAUUUACAUACCAAAAGGUACUGAUAAUGUAUGAAAACAUGCCAAAGAAGAGUAGUAUUAGAACCCGGAAAGAGAAAAUGGAAGCAAGCAGAACAGGUAUUAAGAAUAACUUGUAUUUAAAUGAUAUGCAGGUUGGACAAUCUACAGCUGGAAGUAUAGUAAUGGAAAGAGAAAUAAUGGAGUUAUUUACAAUUUGGGAUUUCAGUAAUUUGGGGAAUGUACGUGGAUAAGUCAAAUAACAAGUCCCUAAUUCCAUUUUUACUAGUGAUAAUGUAAUUCUGAUUUUUAAAUUUUAUUAUUUGCUAUUGUAAACAUUCUUCAACUGAGAACAUGUUUUAAAGCUUACUACUGAUAAAUUCUACAAAACAUUGUAUUCACUGUUAUCGCAAAAUAGAUGGCAAAACAUCUAAUGGAGCUAAAAUACGUUGUUAGAAAGGGAGAAAACCCACAAGGAAUCAAUCUGAUGGUUGACAUCAGUGUGGCACGUUCAAAACAUCAUAAAGAUAUGUGUACCGUGAAUGAUAAUGACUUACAACAGGAGAAACUGAGUGAACUGCUGAUACAUAGCUAAUAUCAACCUAUUUUUUUCCCCAAGAAUGAUCACAAUCUAAAAAUAUUUGGGUGGUAAACUGACUCACAGGUCAUUGAUUAUUUUUAGCCAAUUCUUAGUAUUUUCGCAUCUGGUAUUUGUGACUAAUAAGGCUGCCUUUUCUAUUGGACAGACAUGUAAAUAAGCCUGUAGGUGUAAUUUAAAGGGCAGUUUAAACAAAUACCAGUUCCUCUUUUGAUAAUUUGUAGCCAGCUGCAGUCUAAUGCAAUUGACGGCAGAGAAUGGGAAACCAGUCGGCAUAUUUUGGAUGACAAAAUUGUUUUGAGAGAGUUCAAUCCUGUGUAAGGUUGCAGUCAUGUUUUGACGCAACUAUUUCAAAAAUCGUAAUCUUAACCCUUUCCUAUUUAAAAAAAACAAAAAAAACCCCAUCUCCUACAAGAGAUGAUUGCUGCUUUCACAAUUCUUUCUACAGAACAGUUAAAUUUCAGAACUUUAUGCACAGUAAAGGGCCUGUCCCACUUAGGAGACCUCCACAGCAACCUCUGGAGACCUUGCCCGCCACCCAUGGUCGCUGCAAGAUCGCCACGAGGUCACAGGAGGUUUUGGCCACUCUCCCUAAUGGUCGAAAAUGGUUUCCGAGUGGUCGAGGCUUCAUCGAGGUCGCUGCUUUUUUUUUUCAUCAUGAUGAAAACCGGCCUCAACUAAAAAUAGGUCGCCGUUUGGUCGAAGCCAGUGGAGUAUUGUCGCUAUUUACUUAUAGGCAGCCGUAGACAAUCUCCUUCGCUGAUUGGCUGAUUUUGAUUGGCUCAUUGGAGUUUCACGACUUAGAAGACCUAGGUAAAAUGCCAGCUAAACUUUAUUAAAGUUCUUAAAACUGUCUCCACUCCUUCUCCUCCCCCCCUCUCUCCCCCUUCUCUGUGGUAGCCAUUUACAUUCAUCUUCAUCGCGCAGACAGCGUUCCUCCGCACUCCAUGGCCCCCACCUUUGUGAUGUGUUUGUGUGUGCGGUAUGUAGAUGCAGCUCGCGCUUCGGUCGAUCCAGCAUGCGGUUUCAACGCGGCCGGUCGAUCCAGCUCGAGGCUUUCCAGGCGAGGGCCCUUGAGUGACCAAAACCUCCUGUGACCUCGUGGCGACCUUGCAGCAACUAUGGGUGGCGGGCAAGGUCUCCCGAGGUUGCUGUGGAGGUCUCCUAAGUGGGACAGGCCCUUAACCAUACUGGUGGUGUAUACUUGAACACUAUUGUUCUUACUUUCUGGUUCUUACUUUCUCUACUGCCACCCCGUAGAGUUAUAGAAUUACUUACAAUAUACAACACAACCAGUCCAUGCUGUUCUCAAGCCACUUCCCAUCUUUCCUCAUCUUCUGAAACCUCCCUUUUAAUGCAUUUAGCACCUCCACCCGCUGUGAUGGUGGUUCCACGUUCUCACAAUUUUCAGGGGAAUUUUUUAUUUUACUGAAUUCCCUAUUCGAUUGUUGGUACUUACUUUAUAUCUGUAGCUUUUAAUCUUCUAAUACCAGUGAAAACUCAAUGUCCCAUCCAAAAAAUGGGUAAUGCUUUAAUGAUCGACCCUUCAACCUUUCCUUUUCAGAAAGCAUUCAAUAGUGUAAUCAGCCAACCAUUCACGAAACUGACCGUUAUAUAAAUCCACUGCUGUAGUUUGAACUGCAUGUUCACAUAAAAUAAAAACAAUGCAGCAAAAAUAAUAUAUAUCUUUCUCAUCCUGUAAUAGGUUUUUCAUGUAGACCUCAAUAUUCUAAAGAGAGAGACCUUUUUUAUAGAAAAUUCUCCCUUGAUUGGAACUUUGUUUUACAGAUAAGUCUACAAGCACUUUAAUUAGUAAAAAUAAUUAUUCACAAACUUUUAUAAUCUAUCUGAUUCGUAGCAAAAGACUAUUUGCUAACAAAACAAAUUUGCUGAAAUAACUGCAAGGUUUUUUUAGUUAAUCAUUAAGAGUACAUACUUUUGAUGAAAAUGCUUUGCUACGAAGAUUGCAUUGUAAGACUGUAGUCAGCAAUGCAGUGAAUGCUCCAUGUCUUAUGGGCUAUGUUGGUGGUCUUUUUUCUGUACAGUUCAGUUUGAGAGGGAUAAAUAUACAGUAAUGAAGAGGUACCUGGAUACUUUGGGUCUGGACUGUACUUUGAAAAAAUAUGACUGAGCUAAGUUAUCAGUUUAUAAGACACCUCAGCUAAUUUAAUACCUAACACUGGUCUGCAAUCUACUGCACAGUUGCUCAAAAUGCCUUUAUCUUGUCCUAUGUAGAUUAUAGAUAAGAAAAAUGAAUGUGAACCAUUAAAGAAAAGUUAUGUAUAUUUGUAUUUUUAGAUGUAAUGGUAUCAAAAUAAAGUAUUUUUGGAAAAUG